GAGCAUGAAGGGUCAGUCGGGUCAAGCAGAAUGGCUGCAAAACGUAGGAGUUCUGCACUCGAUGAUAUUGGGUCUGGUGGUCCCAUGCGUAGAAUUAGACAGAAGGCCAAUCUACAAUCACAGCAAAGCUCGCUCUCUCGGGAUAAAAGUCAACUUGGUUCAACUCAAAAGCUGCUUUUACGUAACGAACCCGAGCCGAAUGCUUUUAAGGCAGUAGAGGAAACUGGGGAGAUCAGUAAGCGUAACCAAAGUUACGGUUCGGUUCCUACAGAGUCUAGUAAAAUGGCGUUAAAAAUAUUCGAACAACUCAAAAGAAUGAGUCCGAAGGAACAACCUUCAGGAUCCAAGCUAGCUGGGACUGGAACUACUGAGAACGUAGACUCGCUAAUAGGUUUAUCAAGCUCUCAAGAUAAGCAGAAAUCAGAGGGUAAAGGUAAACAUCGCGUGUUGUUUUCGGAUGCUCGUGAGCCAACCUUUCAAAGCAAAGACACUGUUGAAGAAAAUGGUUCAAAAAAUAUUGUUUCCGUUGAUGGAAAUGUUAAAGUGCCAGUUGAAACAAAAGCUGGGUCUGCAACGAAACGAGCUUUUUCAAUGAGUGCUCAUGAGGAUACUCUGGAUCUAGAUGAUGAAAACCAUUCUAACGGGCAUGCAAAUAUCUCAGUCGGUGUAAAUAAGAAGCUGGGGGCAUCUGUGUUAGCAAACAAGGGCGUUUCUACUAAGUUUGCACUACCUGAGUCCAAAAAAGGUGCCAUAUCUCCUGGUAGUUCUGUUGUUAAUAACCAGAAGAUCGGUUUUUACGUACCUGCUUUGACUUCGUCGAGCAGUACUCAGUCAACAGUGCUUUCUCAACCAACCUCCGUAGUUGAUACAGUUAAAGUUACUCCUCCGAAUAAACCUACAGUUUUCCCAACUUUUGGAAUGGUUAAAGCAAAUGUUAGUCCUGACGCGAAACCACUUGGCGCAACCAGCUUUAUUAAUUCAACCAUGAAUAAUGAUAAUGGCAACAGUCAGAAGCCGGAAAAUUUGUUUGGUAGUUCAGGAUCUUCGUCCUCUGCUAUCCCGACAACUGCAUCAGCAAAUGGUGUAUUUUCAUUUGGUGUCUCAACGAAUAAUUCCGCUAUUAUUAACGGGACUUCUUCAAGUCCAUCAAUUUUUGCUUCUUCGUUUUCUUUUCAAUCUUUCGGAACCAACACAAACAAUGUUUCCAGUAGUAGCUCAUCCACUGUUCUUUCUUCUACCACCACUACUACAGCUGUUAGCAGUACUUUUGCGACAUCUGUGUCUGCAUCCGCAUUUAGUUUUGGGUCUGCAACUGCUUCAUCAACUACAUUGAGCAACGGUGGUAGCAUAUUUGGAUUCAGUUCUCCAUCAACUACAUUAACCGCCAACGGAUCUCAGGCUGCAUUUACUGCCGUUACACAGGCGGUCCCAUUCAAGUUUGGCUCAGGGACUAGCGAGACACCAUCAUCCGCUUCAGCGGGGUCUCUUUUUAGUUCUUCAGCUCCUAGUUUUGGUCUUACUUCUGUCGCCACCUCAUCUGGCGGCUCGACCAGUAGUUCCACCACCAUGUUCAGUUCUGGCUCCAGUGCAACACCAAGUUUUGGACUUAGCUCUACUGUCGCCUCAUCGGAGACCAAAUCUAGUGGCUCUGGUUUCGGUUCAACACUGAGUUUUGGAGUUAACUCUACUGUUGCUUCGUCAGAGACCAAAUCUGGAUCAUCUAACGCAGGUGCUUCAACGGGAUCAUCCUUGUUCUCAUUUUCUUCAAAACUGUCUUCUCCUGCUCCAGUUUUCGGAAACUCGACUCCUGUUUUCGGAACUUCGCCCCCUAGUAACACUGAUCAAAUGAGCAUGGAAGACAGUAUGGCCGAUGACUCCAACCAAACACCAAGUCCAGCGCCUGCUUUCGGUCAAGCUUCCAGCGGCACACCACCGGGUUUCAUGUUUGGUUCCGUCACGCCGACAACGGGUCAGCCACCUGGUUUCUUGUUCGGUGCGCAGAUAAACCAACCGCAAGCACCGUCUCAGAGUCCUUUUCCGGCAACACAGUUUAGUGCGGGAGGAAGGUUCUCGUUAGGUAGCGGUGGAGGGGACAAGUCUAAUAGAAGGGUUGUUAGAGUUAAAAGACAGACCAGGAGGAAAUGAUAAAACAUGGGAAGGGGUCGCUUGUUAUGGCUUGGUUUGACAUUCUACAACUUGUGUCAGGUAUUGUGGUAGUUAGAUUGUUCUUGUGUCUCAUUUUUGGAGGAAGUGUAACCAAAUGGUGUUUGCA